GUCUAUAUCCACUGGUGUUCAGCUGUAAGCGACCACUAUCAUCAGGCGAGCCACGAUGAGGUUUAUUCGCGCUGCCGUGGCCCUGCUCGGCCUUCUGUCCGUGGGACAGUCAGCUCCUGUGACCAGCUGUGAGAGUCUGACACAAACUCUGGACAUCACAAAAGAGCAGGUGCUGGGCAAGUGGAUAGUUGCAGCGGAAAGCACGAGCUUCCAAAAAGCUGAAGACUUGAAAAAGGAAUUUCUGGAAAACUACUGGUUGAAAGUCACUGCUAUUGACAAUAGUGAUGCUGUCGCUGUCAUCACUUCUGUAAAAGCGUUUGGCAUUUGUUUCACGGCUGCCCUUAAGAUGACUUUGGAAAAUGGCACUUUCCAAAUAGUCCUACCUAAUGUGACACGGAGACACACUGACCCAUCAGGGUCUAUACCCACAAUGAACUUUGUGAAAACUGGCUGUUCGGACUGUCUGCUGUUUCGAACAAAACAGCUCGUGUUAGGACGUGAACUCAGUGGCCUUCAGUUGCUGAGUAAGAGACGUUCUGUGACUGCUGAUGAGCUGGGGGACUUAAAGAAGCAGGCAGAAUGUCUUAACCUACUACAGCCUUUUAGGUUUAACUCAGAAUCAGAUCUUUGCACAGAGCCUCCCUCUCAAGACAUAGAGAAUUUAGAUCUGCCACGUGUGUACCUCGAUGGAGAGUAUUUGGAUUUUGGAAACUUCACAAGAGUAAAUGAGAUCAUGACCAGGAAUGAAGGAGUAAAGAAUUUCCUGGCUAUGAUCCCUAAAUUACAAUCAAGACUGAGCUAACUGUAUACAGUCUGUGUCUGAGAGAUAUCUGUCAAUUAAACAGAUACUAAAUGAA